GACCAACCUAUAAGGGAGCCCCCAAUGCCCCCGGGAAUUGAAUGGAACAAGAUUCAGGGUGCCACUCCCAUGUGAAUGUCCACGAGCAAAUAGGACUGUUAAAAUGCGCCAAAGGAUCACCCCUGGAGAGUUCCUGCGGAAAAAUUGGCUUCUAAGUGCGAUUCUAGGUUGCAUAUUUCUAGCGGGGCUCUUUCCGGACUUUGGCUCCAAACAUGGGCCGUUGAAAACCGAGUACUCUGUGAAAUAUGGCGCUGUCUCGCUAAUGUUUCUCAUCAGUGGGUUUUCCUUGAAAACCGACAGCAUUUUGCGCACUUUUCAGCACUAUCGCCUGCAUUUGUUUAUACAAGUGUUUACCUUUGUGUUUAUCCCCAUUUUUACGCAAUGUUUCGUUAAAAUACUCGCAUUGUUUGGAAUCAACGGAUGGGUUCUCAAAGGUCUGAUCACUGUGGCCUGUAUGCCGCCUCCAGUUAGCAGUGCUGUUAUUCUAACUAGAGCUGCCCAAGGCAAUGAGACGGCCGCAAUUUUCAACUCUUUGGUGGGAAGUUUUCUGGGCAUUAUCCUCACUCCUUUGUCCCUGCUGCUCAAUUUGGGCUCAACUACGAUAGUGCCCUUGUUCAGCACAGUCACGCAAUUGACUACAACCGUGCUACUUCCGCUCGUUUUAGGGCAAGCAAUCAAAGUGUACACUCAGCUGCCAGGCCAGAGGAUCCCCUUGAACACCAUCAGCCAGUGUGCUUUAUUGUUUGUGAUUUACACCACUUUUUGUGAUACUUUCCUUGUGCCCGAGACUGGCCUCUCUGCGCUGGAUGUGAUUAUAACCAUAUUUUCAGUGUUGCUUCUCCAGAUGAUCCUCAUCAUUUUGAGCUUUAAGUUGGCCAACUGGUUCAAAGGCAUGUUUAGUCCGGCGGAAGUGAUUGCGAUAGUGUUCUGUUCCACCCACAAAUCCCUCACUUUAGGCAUUCCCAUUCUAAGAAUAAUGUUCCACGGAUACUCGCACUUGAGCCAGAUCAGCUUGCCGCUGCUGGUUUAUCAUCCGACGCAGAUUAUUUUGGGGGGCUUAUUGGCCCCCCAGCUGAAAGACUGGUUGCAUUCCCACAGAGCUAGAAAGCUGCCGGUUUGACUACUAAAAAACUUGGAUAAAGGAAA